CCCGCCUCAUUAGCCACAUGCACUGAUCUGAACAACAAGUGUAGAGGUAUCAACAAGCCUUUCACCCAUACAACAGCCCUCACCUGAAGAGAGAAGAAGGAGUUGUUCUGAAGAAAAAGACAUUGACCAAAAGAAUGAGCAAUCUGGAUGAGGUUCCUAUCAAGACCCCACUGGGGACCCUGGAGGAGGCCAAGGAGGAGGUGGACCUGGUCACAGCCCCGGAGAUCACAGUCCCUGACUACCUCACCAUACUGCAGGAGACAGAGUAUGAGUACAGCCUGGAGAACUGGGUGCUGACAGGCUUGCAGGGUGGCUACCCCAGUCAGUCCAGCACCCCCGUCCCCCACUCCCCCUCUGAGGUCCUGGCUUCCUGCCCCCCCUACUGGCUGAUGUUCAGCAGCCCCCAAGAGAGCCGUCUGGCCAGUCGACACAGCUCCGACUUCUGGGAACCCAACCCCCGGCCUCGCUCGCACAGCCUCAACCCAGCCCACCUGCGCUCCAGGGUGAAGUUUGCCAUCUCAGACUCUGAGGAGGAAGGAGAGGGCUACUCAGAAGAAGAAGAAUGGCCUUCCUCAGAUAAUGGAUCCUCGGGUGAAGGUUCAGGCUCAGGUUCCAUCCGAACAGACCAGAGACAAGGCGCCUCACCUAACCUGCUCGACCUGCCCGCCUCUCAGGGUGGCCUGGCCCACCAGCGCAGGAGGAACCUUCGCCAGUCCUCUCUCUCAGUGUUGGAGACUUCCCGCUACAAUGCCAACAUUCCCUCCUCAUCCUUGCAUAGACCUCCUAACUCCCGGGCACACACCCUGGACAGAAUCCCCUCCAUCACUCACCACAAACCCUCAUACACGUCUCUGAGCCCCUACUCCUGCCUGCCCCCUCCUCCCUCAGGGGCCUUGAGGCCCCUGUGCUCCCAUACGGGGGUGCUGGACUCCUCAGUGGAGCUGCUGUCUGCCCUGAGCCAGGAGGAGAGGGAGCUGUUGGAGGUGAUCACAGAGAGAGGCUACCCUCUACGUACAGCCAUCAUCGCCCUGCAGAAGGCGGGUCAGCAGAGCCCAGACCAGAUCCUGAGCUACCUGGUGGCUUGUGACCGGCUGUGUGAACAGGGCUACGACGAGGCCCAGGUGGAGGAGGCCCUGGAGAUGUUCCAGAACUGCGAAACAAAGGCUGAGGAGUUCCUUCACCUGCUGACCCAGUUCAACGAGAUGGGCUUCCAACAGAACGCCAUCAAGGAGGUUCUGCUUGUCCACGAGAACCAUCGCGAAAGGGCUCUGGAGGAACUCAUGAUGCGUGUGGCCUGAUAAAGGCUAAACUAACACACCGAUUAACACACUGAACAUUGAGCUGUUGUUCAAUUGCAAAGUGAAUAUUCCCAAUAGUACACAAGAGUAUACAGCAGAGAACGACCAGUGGCCUUUAACAAGGAAAAGCACAUCUUCGGUACUGUUUCAUUUUAAGAUGUUUGGUUGUGAUGUUUCCCAUACAAUAAUCCAACAUUUUCUUUGUAAAAUAUAGACGUAUUCAGUUACUUUUGUUAGUAUAUUUUUCUCCUUUGGUAAACUGAAGGUUAUUGCACUUACACAUAAGGUAUAGUCUAAACUAAUCCUGAAUCCCUAAAGGACUGGUGUUGGAAGCAUGUGUAUGGAAACAUAUGACAUCCAACAGUUUCUCAUCCAUUCAGCAGGUGUCCUGCAGCGAUCUGAAGUACAUUAGAAUUUUAAACAUGAUUGCCCUUCAUGUAUUCUUUUUUUAUUUGACUGAUUCCAUGUUAAAUGGUGUAAAGAAUGUACUAAAUAUUAAGAAUGCUGGUAGUUUAUAAUGUUGGACAAAACAA